AUGCAUAAACUUAUAUAUCCGCAAGAACUGAAUUUGGACACAUCAGUGAAAGAACCCACCUUUGAAGAAAUGGUGAAAGCGGUAAAUAAGGAAUUACCUAAUCUACCACUGGAGCUUCAUGUGAAAAAUCGCUACAGAGGUUUUCGUUUAAAUAGCACAUGCGCUCCAUAUCCAGAAGUACUUGAAAUACAGUUUCAUAAUAAUGUCUAUCAGCAAUAUGCCAACUUAAAUGUGACAUUUGAAUUAUUUGCCGCAUACUAUGACAAUCGUACCACAGUGCCACAACAUCCUGUAAUACGUAUAUUAGCAAUGAUAAAUCAAAUUGAAGAGAAAUUUCCCACAAGUUACUGUCAAUUGUGGUAUGAAAAACAAAAGGAACCUAUAAUUCUGCCCAUAAUAGAAUAUUUACCAAUUUGGUAUAAAUAUUGGGGCAAUAAACCUAACCACUUAUAUCCACACAUGUUGACCUGUGUGCUGCCAAGAGAUAAAGUUUCCGAAGUUCCGCAAAGCAUAUCAAUUGUAAAUAAAGAGUGUGAUAAAGCUACAAAUCACCUGAAAGUCGUAUAUGAACCACCAUUGGGAAGGAGAACAAAAGGUGGCUUUGCAGUUUGUGUUAAGGGAUUUAUGUUCCCAUUUGCGGAUAUGUCAGCACGUUUAGUAGAGUGGCUUGAAAUGAUGCGUAUACUGGGUGCUCAAGAAGUAAUUGCUUACACAUUGACCAUACAUCCAAACACUACUAAAGUAAUAGAUUAUUAUAAGAAAAAGGGUUUCUUAAGAAUGUUUCCUUAUUCUUAUGCACGUGGUGAGCCUGUAUACGCUAAUUAUCAGCGUUAUAUUAUGAAGGAAGAUUACUUGAACAUGGUACUAAACGAAAUGUUUCCAUACAAUGAUUGUUUGUAUAGAAGUUUAUAUAAAUAUGAUUAUGUGGCUGGUAUUGAUAUUGAUGAAGUGAUUAUGCCAAUGGGUAACUGGACAUCAUGGUAUGAUAUUGUUGAAUAUAGUGAAAAAUUUCGAAAUUCAAAAUGUAAUAGUUAUGCAAGCAUUUGUUUUCGAAAUGUCUAUUAUCCAAGGUACGAAGGUCAGCCUCCAUAUUCCACGGAUAUACCGAAAUACUUUUAUAUGUUACAGCAUGUGAAAAGAGUUGAGAAACAUUUACCUUCUGGUAUGGCUGCCAAAUGUCUACAUAACACAAGUGAUGUCUUGACACUGCAUAAUCAUUUCAGUAUGAGUCGUUUGGGUUGUUAUGCAUUGGAUAUUAAUGUAACUGAAGCUCAGCUACAGCAUUAUAGAGAACCGGACGAUAAGAAAACUUUGAAUACCAGUGUGAUAUUUGCUCUGCACUUCGUUUACUUUUAUGAAAAGGACUUAUAA